AUGAUGUCCAGAGACACCACACAAAAGGUACAAUAUCUCUCCUGAUUGUGUUUUUUUAACUAAUGUUUGGAAGUUUUACAGCCAGAUACAGAAAAGUUUUGGUAAACAUGACAUUACUUUAAGACAAAUCCAAAAAAUUGAAUGGUUUAAUGUUUGCAAUUAAUUUUGAAAUAUUCCACUUUAGUGUUUCCCUGCGCAAGUCAUGCCCACGCUGGUUGUGAUACUCACUGUUAUACCAGGCAAGAUAUUUUGAUGGCUCAAUUUUGAGUGUAAAGCUUGUACACACAAUGAUUUUUUGUAAUUUUAUAAGCGAUCAAGUUUGCAUUGAUACAAUGAAACAGUUUCUUUGCAUAUGCAUAACAGUGUUAAGAAGUUGUCUGAAAAGACUUGAAGCUUAAGCUGAGGCUAUUGCGAUAGCUUAGAAUCCACUUAGAUGUAAGUUUGUCGUUUUGUAGAGAAACAUAUAAAUGUUUUAUGUUUGAAUCCUAUAAUCAGCUCUUUGUGGUGCCGUCAAUGUGAACUGCUCUGAACCAAACCAGCCUGCCCUACUGAAGGCUUUGGCGCCAGUGUUUAACAUGAGCGCCAUACGUCCUGUGAUGAACCUCACGACCCCCACCAUUGUCAACAUCACUUUCACUCUGUUUGGGAUACUGGGGGUGGUAAGUUAGAUCUUAGCAGAUAGAGAAGACAUGUUAAACAGCUUUGUAUCGAGGUUGUAAAAGCUGUGACUGCAGAUUAAUCAUUAUCUUAUUAUGAACAUAUUUAAUUAAUAAAUGAGAAAUUAUUUCAACAGAUAUGACAGUUCAAAACAAAAUGAAACAAAAUCAAAUAAAACUAAUUAGAAAAAAUGUGCUCCUGUUUGGAAUUUAAUUUAUUGCCCUUCAUAUUGUGUGAACAGUCGUAGUAUAAAAGUCAAAACUAAAAAAAUAAUAAUCUGAAACUAACUAUUUUCUUUUAGGAUGAAAAGGCUCAACUCUUACUCACAUACCUCUGGCUGCGUUAUGUAAGUACUUCUUCUGCCAUCUAUACACCAGCCUGUACUGCUUAUUGUUGAUUUAUUAUUUGAAUAUUCUUAAUGUUAUAGAAACUGAUAGGUGACUGGUAGAUAUGCUUAAAAUCAAAAAAUGAUAAAAGCCAAAAUUACACGUUUAAGUUCAAACAAUAGCAAUAGGCUUAAGUCCUCUAUAGGUGAUGGGUAACCUCAUAAGGUCAGUUCAACAUACCCGGACUUUCUUUAAGUGAGCUGGCUUUACAAAGGACGACAUUGGGUUUGAUGAAUGUACUAACUUGUGUCUAUUAGCUCGGCCUUCAGCUUUAGGCUCUGUGAGUAUUUACAUGAAAGAGGGCACUUAGUGUGGCAUUCGGUGCUUCUCCCUCAUAAAAUGGUACAACCACCAGUGGUUUACAGUCAGGCUGUUAAUGUUUUCUUUCUCUGUUUUGUUAUCCCACCUUACCAUCUUUAAAAUUGCAGCACAUUUGCUCCUAAUAUAGUUGUUUUGCUUUUUGUGUCUAUUGUUUUUAGUGUGUUAUUGUCUGGUUUGGUUAUUCACUCAUUCAUUCAUUUGUGUGUGUGUUUAUUUAUUCGGCAUUUGAAUCUGGUUUUAAUUUCACUCCUUUUACCUAGAAAAAAGCCUCUACUGGCUGCAGUAAUAUUUGUAUCUAAGGGCCUGUAAAUAGUAUUUUAGAGGCCUUAAUUUUCUUUUUCUAGGAAAAUACAUGACGACCACAUAAAGCCAAACCAAAUUCCUAUGUGUGUGGACACAUAUCUUGCCAACAGUACUGAUCCUGUUUGUAAUAUUACUGAUCUGAAUUAUUGCAGCCCCUCACCAGUUUUGUUGUUUUCAGAGGUGGCACAAUGAGUUAGUCACAUGGGACCCAGUCCAGUGUGGCUGUGACAAGCUCAGUCUUCCCAGAUCCAAGUUCUGGACACCAGAUAUUGUCAUCAACGAAUUGUGAGUUCUAUUGAUUUUUCAUACAGUUAUCAUUUCUUGAAUUCCUCUAAUUGCUGGGAUCUACUAUACCAAGCAUUUCUCAGAAAAAAUGAUUAAUUCUGUGGUAAGCCUUUCCGGCAACAGGAUGAUGUUUACAACAACUUACUUCAGACAGUCAGCUACAAAUCUCAUGUUACUUAUUAAAAAGCAAACAAUAGCUGAUAAUUCAAUGUUUAGUGUAUUUCGUAUUGGAGUGAAACACCAAACACCCAUAGCAUAUGGGAGAAUAGUGUACAUGAAGCUUGGCUUAGCAGGCAAUAGCUACAGUAUUUUAUCACUAUGUUAUAUGAUAUUUCUGUAUUCUUUUUGCAUAGAAAUAUAGAUUCUCAUGGGGGGAAACAUUUGAACUGAAUGUGAAUUGUGCAUCUCCCUCACAUCCUAUUGCAACAUAUAUAACAAUAAUUGAUGAGGAAAAAACUAGCACUUCAAACUGGCGGACGAGCGCCCAGUCUGAACUGACAAAAAAUCUGGAGCCAAAACUAUAAUCCCUCUCUAGAUUCAAAGCAGGGUCUAAAUCUAUAUACUAAGAUAACUUGGAGUAACUUUGCUCUUGACAGAUCUUUAAUGCAAUCAUCCUCUGCUUACCUGUGAUUUGCAGUAUGGAUAAAAACGAAGUCCCCGUUGUCCCUUAUUUGUACCUGCACAGUGAUGGUACAAUGCACGAUUAUCACCCAGCCAGAGCUGUCACCUCUUGUAACCUCAAUAUCUACACCUUCCCUUUUGACAUCCAGAACUGCACUAUGACUUUCAGUUCCUACUUACACUCGGGUAAGAAAUGCAUUGUAUUCAUUGAUUGUAUUUUUCCCAUUCUAAUAUUUUGCCAUUUUUCAACCAUCCUUAAAAAAAUACAGUUAAUGAAAACAGACAACGAGUUUAUAUGUAUCUAUUGUAUAUGAAGCAAUCAGUAAUCCUAAUUAUAAUGAAGUCUGUUAUUGAACCUCCAACAUGACCAUCCGCCACACUAAAAAAAAGGUUCCCAUGCAUGCACUUUGGCAGAUAUCUGAAGUAUAGUGACUACACUAUACUGUAAGCCUAGAAGUCCUGGCAUGACGAGAGUCGCUAUGAUAGCAGAUUUUUACCUAAAGAUCAUUGUGGGUAAAAAAGGGAAAAAUAAAAUAAUUCUAAAAAUCAUGAUGACCAUAUUGUUGCAAUAUCUAUGAAAACCUUGGUUUUUGGGAGGUGGUUACAGCAAGAACAAUCGCCACUGUCCCCGACAAUAAGCCUAUUAGGUACACAGUAUAACCACAUGCCUAUUUUUAGCACAUUUCAAUAUUUCUUUCAUUAAAAUUUUUUAUUUAAAGAUGGAAAUUUUUGAUAAUAAUAUAAGGCCCCUGCCUGAGGCGUGACUUCAGUCACGUAACUUUAAUCUUGGUCAGGGUUAGUGUGAUUUACAAAAAUUGAAAGAUUUUUAAGUUUCAGAAUUUAAAGUUCAGUGUGAUAGACAACCCCAGCACAUCGAAAUGGAUAAGUAUAUAAAAUAAAAUGAAACCAUGAAGCCCAUUAGUAAUGGGAUGUCAUGUGGACGUAACAUUUUUGAUCUUGAUUUUCAGCAACCAUGUUUCUCUGCUCUUCACAGCCAGUGAAAUCGAGGUUUUCCUUUGGGGGUCUCAAGAAGAUGCUACACAGAGAUCCAAGAAGGUGAUAACCACUGUGGGGGAGUGGGAGCUGCUGGAGAUAACGGCCAAAAAGAUCGACCCAAGACAGGAUAAGGCUAGUUGCAUGGAUGAGCUUUUACUCCAUGUACGUGAAUUGUAAUUAAACCUUUGUGUUGGGAAAUAAGGGUUAGAGUUAUGAUUAGUGAGAAAACUGUUACUCUGAAUAAUACUAUAUGGUUUUCUGAUAUAUUAUUUAUUCAACAACUUUAUGAAUCCUGCCAUAUUUGUUCCUAUACGGGGCAUGAUAGAAACAACCACUUACAGACAAAUCCUCAAAAGAGCUAAAGUAUGGAAAUAUAGAAAACAAAUACUGUUAUUAAAGCACCUGUAAGGAGUUUUUUGAUGGUUAUGACAUAGAUUGAAAUUGAUAUAGAUACUUUUAUGGUGUAUAAAAGCAAACAAGACCAAUAGCAACAAGACUGAUGAUUUGUAAAAGCAAAUUUUUUAAGCCAAAAACUGCUGUGAGAGGGCAGGUUUCCACCAAGCUGCUAUAGGAACAACACAAUUUAUACACUUACCACCAUUUUCAUAAUGAAUACCACAUCCCUCAGCUGAUCAGCACAGUAUGGGAGUGUGAGCCCACAAACUUAAACUGAACCAGGAAACUAAGUAACGAUAUUAUUGCAGUCAGGUUAGACUGAUUUUUUUUUUUACAUUGUACAAAAGUACUAAUACCGACCUUUCACUCCUUGAAGCAUUCUCUCUGUUAUACAUUUUCUCUGCAGGUCAGAGUGAGGCGCAGGGCCAACAUGUAUGUGGUGAACCUGCUGAUCCCCAGCUGUUUCCUCAUGACAGUCGACCUCUUCAGCUUCCUGCUUCCUCCACAGGCUGCAGACCGCUCUGCCUUUAAGAUGACCCUCAUCCUGGGCUACACAGUCUUCCUGCUCAUCAUAAACGACACGCUUCCUGUGACUGGAAACAGUAUACCUCUAAUAAGUCAGUAACAGCCCACUCAGAAAAGAAUGUAGUUAGUGUAACAAUAGUAACAUGUUGGUGAAGUGACCUUGUUGCUAAAUACAUGGUAAAAUAUAAAACCCAAUCUGACCGUGUAAAACCUUAUUGAUUGUACCCUCUCCUUUCAUAUUCUCCCUUUAGACGUCUUUUUCUCUCUCUGCUUGGCUCUGAUGGUGGCCAGUCUGCUGGAGACCAUCCUCAUCACCAAAUUGCUGAGUAGUUCUGCUGAUUUCUCCCCAAUGCCACACUGGAUCCGAGUGAUUGUUCUGCAGUUUCUGGGCCGUAUUGUUUGCCUGCCUCAGAAGCCUACAAAAACAACGAACAUAGGUAUACAGCUUAUACACAGUUAUACAGAUUGUUAAUUGUAUGCAUCACUUUACCUCUUUUUUUAUUGAUGAUGAAUUUUGUUUUUGACAUUGUUUUCCCUUAAAAACUAGACGUGAAACCUGAGGUUGUGAAACAGACAGCAGAUUAUGGGUCUUCAGAGAUAACUGUAUCAAGUAUGGAUGACAAGAUCCUCCAGGAGCUGAGGAGUCUGCGAGAAGAAAUGCAGGCCAUCUGCGAGCAGGUAGAGAAGCACCUGAUUCCGAGUCAGAGCUCGGAGGAAUGGAUCCAGUUUAGCUUUAUCAUUGAUCGCCUACUGUUUGGCCUUUACAUCCUCUUCAUUACAGUCAGUUUCAUGACCAUCACCAUCAUCUGGGUGAACUCGUACAGUCAGUAA